ACAGACAGAGCUACAGACACACACACACGAUGAGCAAACAGAACGCCGUGGACGCUGCGCCGCGGCUUCAGCUCUUUAAUUGCGGGCACGCGGACUGCGGAGCGACGUUCACGCGCAAGUGGCGUCUCGAGGAACACGAGAACAAACACACUGGAGCGCGGCCAUACGAGUGUCCCGUGGAUGGAUGCGAGCGCCGGUUCUCUCGCAGGUCUCACCUGAGCAGGCACGCGCUCACACACAAAGGCAAACUCGUCAGAUGCUGUGAGCCGAGCUGCACUAAAACCUUCUACAGCACGUACAGGAUGAAGAGACACGUCGGGUACGCGCACAAGGACAUGGCGCGCUUUCAGUGCACCUACCCUGACUGCGUGAUGGCGUUCCGGAAGCGGCGCUUGCUGAAGCUUCACCAGGUGUCUCACGGUGUGACGUCAGACUUCAGGUGCUCGGUGGUCGGCUGCAGUGCGAGGUUCAGGACUCACAUCGCCCGAAAAGCUCAUGAGAAAAAACACAGAGGUUAUCGCUGUCCUCACCCACAGUGUCCUGUAGUGGAACACACCUGGAGCAAGUUACUGAAACACUCAUCUAAACACCCCUCUUUACACACUUGCUCCACGUGUAAGAAGACGUUUGUGAAGCGUGAGGCUCUGCGGAGACACAAGCGUACUCACGCUCUGCAGAAGCCCGUGCUGUUGUGUCCCAGUGACGGAUGCCAGGCCUACUUCUCCACCACCUUCAACCUGCAGCACCACAUCCGCAAAAUCCACCUGAAGCUGCUGCGCCACAGCUGCUCCUUCCCCGGCUGUGACAAAGCCUUCGCCAUGAGGGAGAGUCUGAUCCGUCACCUGCUGCAUCACGACCCCGAAUCUGCGAAACCCAAGAGGAGGCAGAAGCGCAGCAGUAAGAGCUGGCAGAAGCGUCUGGAGGGUCGGGGACGUGGUUCUCUGGUGGAAGUUGACCUGCGGCGUCUCUUCAGUCUGUGUAUGCGAUUCUCUCGCCGCACCAAGCUGGAGGCCAACCUGUCAGGAUUAUUCAACGAGCGCAAAAUCCCACACCACAUCGACCCCGAGGUCAACCUUCGUGACCUCUUCAACAUCAAACCCCCUCAAAUUGUCAAAGGUUAAGGCGUGAUGACGCUCAGUGAUUUAUUUGAGCCUCAGGAUGAAGGCCAUAAAAUAUUUAUUUUUACUGAAGUGAGAUUUAAGUUAAACGUCAAGUCUUUAUUUUAUUAGUUUGCUUUGAUGUUGAUGUUUCCUUUGAAGUUAAAAAGAUGAAAGUAAAGUAAGAUACUUGGCUAAAGAAGCUCUGCUGAGCUCAGGGUGAAGAGUUAAUGUGUUAAAGCACUGAUGUUCAGUUUUACUGCCAUGUUGGAGAGAACUUGAUGUCUAAUUUCUGUAAAUGCUUUUUGUGACCAAGUUAAUAAACAGACAGAAGCUGGAA